AUGGCAACCAUCACCACUGUUCCAGACAAUCUCACCAGAGACCAAUAUGUCUACCUCGCCAAGCUCGCCGAGCAAGCCGAACGCUACGAGGAGAUGGUCCAGUUCAUGCAAAAGCUGGUCCUAGGCAACACACCUGGCGGUGAACUCAACGUUGAGGAACGCAACCUCCUCUCUGUCGCUUAUAAAAACGUGAUCGGCUCACUUCGUGCUGCCUGGAGGAUUGUUUCUUCGAUUGAGCAAAAGGAGGAAGGGAGAAAGAACGAGGAACAUGCUGUGCUUGUUAAGGAAUAUAGAUCCAAAGUUGAGAGUGAGUUGUCCGAGGUUUGUGCUAGUAUUUUGAGGUUGUUGGACUCGAAUCUCAUACCGUCUGCUACUGCGAGUGAAUCCAAGGUUUUUUAUUUGAAGAUGAAAGGGGAUUAUCAUAGGUAUUUGGCUGAGUUUAAGGUUGGUGAUGAGAGGAAGGCUGCUGCUGAAGAUACUAUGCUGUCUUAUAAGGCUGCUCAGGAUAUUGCGGCAGCGGAUCUUGCACCAACACAUCCAAUAAGGCUGGGGUUGGCACUUAAUUUCUCUGUGUUCUACUAUGAGAUUCUCAAUCAGUCUGACAAAGCCUGCAGCAUGGCGAAACAGGCAUUUGAGGAAGCUAUUGCUGAGCUAGACACUCUAGGAGAAGAAUCAUACAAGGACAGCACUCUAAUCAUGCAACUCCUAAGGGAUAACCUCACUCUUUGGACUUCAGAUGUCCAGGACCAGUUAGAUGAGCCAUAG